AUGGCUUCUCCAGAUAAACCGACAGGCUUUCGUGCCUACUUCAGGCGUACGAAAAAUAGCAUGGUAGCAAAACUCACAUCUCUCGGUGCAUCCGAUCCCUCUCCUGCUAUGCGUUCAGCCGUACAAACCCUGACCGGCACACUGGAAACAUUGCACAACGCUGCCGAGGUGUUUCCGCCCCUACACGCUGCUAUCGGAGGGCUCUUAUUCUGCGUCAAACACAUAGAGCUGAGCUCUGAGAAUCAUAGCGAAAUGAAGGUAUUGGCAGGACGGCUAUCGUCACUCGUCAAGCGGCUCCACCGGCAUAUACAAGAGGCCAAGUCGACAGAGGUUUCGGGGUUCCUUGAAGUAAUCGCAAUGUCUGUCGAAGAGCAAGUAAGGAUCAUCCACAGCAAGCAGGACAACCGAACAGCAAGGUACCUUAGGGAUGCAGAACAGGACGAGGAAGAGAUACUACAAGCGUACAGGCACAUAGCUGACAUCCUGGAGGAUAUAAGGACUGAAGCAAGCCUGAAAACGUGGAACAUAGCCGAAGAACAGCGUGCGAAGUCUCACCUCGCUGGUUUGUCAGCUGUGGACUCGGCGAUCUACAACUCGCUGCUGUCUCAUGAUGUGAAUCGCAGAGCAUGUACACCAAACACUCGGUCGAACAUCUUGCUCGAGCUCAAUCAAUGGUCAGUCGAUCGGACCAAGCCUAACGUGUUCUGGAUGAACGGAAUGGCCGGCACAGGCAAGACUACCAUCGCAUACACCUUUGCCCAGUCUCUCAAGACCCGCGGCACACUCGGCGCCAGCUUCUUUUGCACGCGUACGUCGGACGAAUGCCGGGAUGUGGGCAGAAUUAUACCCACCAUCGCCCAUCAGCUUGCGCUUUACUCGCCUUCGUUCCGAUCGGCGCUGUUGCGAGUGUUGGAACAAGAGCCGAACAUCAAGUCGCAGUCGAUCGAUACUCAGUGUGAGCGACUGAUCAAGGAGCCACUAUCAAAAGCGAAGAGCGGAAUGACAAAAGGGCUUGUGGUCGUAAUCGAUGCGCUCGACGAAUGCAGCAACGCGAAUGGCGUGCGAACCAUCCUGGACAUACUUUUCAGAGUCACUCCCGGCCUGCCUAUCAAGUUCUUCGUCACCAGCCGACCCGAGCCGGACAUCCGCCAAAGGAUCGAGGCGCAGUCUGAUCGCAACCGGUCGAUGUGCGUGCUACACGAGAUCGAAAAGUCGCUAGUGGAAGCAGACAUCGAGCUAUACCUUCGUGACGAACUUCGUAACGGUGUCUCUGAGCAUGAUCUAGUCAAACUCGCCAAGCUCUCCGGAAACCUGUUCAUAUAUGCAGCCACGGCAAUUCGGUACAUUCGAAGAAGAGGCACCAUGGUGGAUCAAGAUCGGCUUGAGGCGAUCCUAAAAUCGUCUUCGAAGUUGGCCAACCGACACGCAGACAUUGACAAGCUAUAUGCUACGAUUCUGGAUGCGGCAGUCCACGACUCGAACCUGGAUCAGGAGGAGCAAGACCAGACACGGGCAAUAGUUUGGACAGCAAUUUGCGCACGAGAGCCGAUCGACGUCGAUACGCUUGGAGCUCUGACGGGGAUCAAGGCGGCAAAGGUUCAAGUACUGCUACAGUCUCUGUAUUCGGUGCUGCACGUGUCACAAGCGACUGGAACGAUCACUACGCUACACGCAUCGUUCCCCGACUAUAUGUUCGACAAGGCGCGGUCGAUCAAGUUCUACUGCGACGAAGCAAAGCACAGUCAGCUGCUCGCCGAACGGUGCUUCGAGGUUAUGAAGGGCCAGCUGCGAUUCAACAUCUGUGGCCUAGAGACAUCGUUUAUACCCGAUAGCAAAGUGCAAGACCUAGAAGCUCGGAUAGCAGGCUCAAUCUCGCCAACGCUGUCAUACGUGGCGCACCAUUGGGGAGACCAUGUCGUCAAGAGCGCGCCAUGUGAGAUGGUGCGGAAAGGGCUGGAAGAGUUCUUGUCAUACCGGCUGCUGUUCUGGAUGGAGGUGGUGAGCCUGAAGCGUGCGCUGGACAAAGGGAUAGGCAUGCUGUUGGCGCUCAAGCCGUGGCUGACGGCCAAAGACGCAUCAUCAGAUCUGAUCAGGCUGCUGAACGACUUGUGGAUCUUUGUGUCAAAGUAUGCUGCCGGGUCGGUUUUGCAGUCGACGCCGCAUAUAUACAUCUCCGCAUUGGCAUUUUGCCAUCACUCAAGCUCAGUGUACAAGCAGUACUGGGGCCGUACUCAAGAUCUUCUGAGGCUGGAAGGGUCCGUGAUGGAACAAAGUCCAACGGCGCUGCUUGCGACAUGGCAGAUGCCCUUGCUAGGCCUCUCACUUGCAUUCUCUCCUGAUGGGUCUCGAUUUGCAAUUGGAUUCAAAGAUGGCACAGUACAUACACUUGCGCCCAAAAAGAUUGAGCCACGUGAGCUCAAAUCAAUGACGCUCAUGCGUCACCCGCACAAUUAA